AAUGCUGAGAAAGUUGUUGCGAAGGAGACUUUUCUCUUAUCCCACUAAAUACUACUUCUUGCUUCUUGUUUUUUCCCUUGUCACCUUCUCUGUUUUAAGAAUUCAUCAGAAGCCCGAAUUUGUAAGUGUGGGGCAUUUGGAGCUGGUGGGGGAGAAUCCUAAUAGUAAUAUUAACUGCACCAAAGUUUUACAGGGUGAUGUAGAUGAAAUCCAAAAGGUACAGCUUGAAAUUCUAACCGUGAAAGUUAGGCAGCGCCCUCGAUGGACAACCAGUGACUAUAUAAACAUGACCAGAGAUUGUAACUCAUUCAUCAAGAGGCGCAAAUAUAUCGUUGAACCCCUUAGUAAGGAAGAGGCAGAGUUUCCCAUUGCCUAUUCCAUAGUGGUUCAUCACAAAAUCGAGAUGGUUGACAGGCUCCUGAGGGCCAUCUACAUGCCUCAGAAUUUGUACUGCAUUCACGUGGACAAAAAAUCCGAGGAGUCCUUUCUGGCCGCGGUGAUGGGCAUUGCCUCCUGCUUCAGUAAUGUCUUCGUGGCCAGUCAGCUGGAGAGUGUGGUAUAUGCCUCAUGGAGCCGGGUCCAGGCCGACCUCAACUGCAUGCAGGAUCUCUACCAGAUGAGUGCACACUGGAAGUACUUGAUAAAUCUUUGCGGUAUGGAUUUUCCUAUUAAAACCAACCUGGAAAUUGUCCGGAAGCUCAACUCGUUAAUGGGUGAAAACAACCUAGAGAGCGAGAGAAUGCCAUCCAAUAAAAAAGAAAGGUGGAAAAAGCAUUAUACAGUUGUUAAUGGGAAGCUGACCAACACGGGAACUGACAAAACGCACCCCCCUCUCGAAACACCUCUGUUUUCAGGCAGUGCCUAUUUUGUGGUCAGCAGGAAGUAUGUGGAGUACGUGCUGGAGAAUGAAAAAAUCCAGAAGUUUAUGGAGUGGGCAAAAGACACAUACAGUCCUGAUGAGUAUCUCUGGGCCACUAUCCAGAGGAUCCCCGAAGUCCCCGGCUCGCUGCCCUUAAGCCAGAAGUAUGACAUGUCUGACAUGCAUGCCAUCGCGAGGUUCGUCAAGUGGCAGUACUUUGAAGGUGAUGUUUCCAAGGGUGCCCCCUACCCGCCCUGCAGCGGGGUCCAUGUGCGCUCCGUGUGUGUUUUCGGAGCAGGUGACCUGAACUGGAUGCUACGCAAGCACCACUUGUUCGCCAACAAGUUUGACACCGACACUGACCUCUUUGCCAUCCAGUGUCUGGAUGAGCAUCUGAGACAUAAAGCCCUGGAGACAUUGAAACAUUGACUCUUCGUUGUAGGCAACUUGAGAAGUAAGACACAUGUGUGAAGCGCACCCCCUCUGACUCUUCCAUCUUGCUAAUACACAUCAGAGAAACUAUAGGGGAUGCUCUUUGGGGGGUGGAGGGGACUCCUGCUGCGCCCGUCCUCCGAGCUAUGCGGCUUUGGAGCACAGUGGGUUCGAAAGGUUAUAGCAUCAAAUAUUGACCUAGACUUAGCGUGGGGCCAGGGGAGGCGGUGAGUGGCCCAGGUGGCUGGGGGAAGACACAGUACAAAAACCAGCCUGUUAAAGAGCUCAGGGACUUAACAAAAUGAUUUCGUCUGUGCCAAAAUUCCUUCGAGAGCUUUAAAUAUGACAGUUUUCUUGAUUUGAAUAAAUUUAUAGCAACAACCGAGUGUAAGGAUAUAGUUUAUCCUGCAGGAUUUGUUCGGUGAAAUAGAAAUUGGACUUUAAGUGAUCGUUGUGAAUACUUUAUUGCUAUAACGUUAUGCUGUGUAAUUGUAUAUCAGUAUGUGUCAUCUCAGGGAACUUGAAAAAGUGGGCUUGAUUGAUCGUGAAUCUGACUAAUUUUCCCUUCUAACAAUGGAUAGAUGUUUUUUAAAACAACAAAAAAAGUGGCGAUGUUUAGUUGAUUCUGUGAAUCAUCUUAGCUUAUUAGAAAAGAUAUCUUAGGUUAUUUAAAAAGUUAAGAU